CAACAAUAUCAAUCUCCUCUUUCUCUUCAUACUUUCACCUAUAUAUAUACACACCACUCCACCCCCAUUCCCAAACCAAUCUUUCAUCAAAACCAAUCAAAAACCAUUUCUCGUUUGCAGCAGUCGAAAUCAAGAAGAUGGGUUUAGCGAGCAGAGCGUGGAUUGUGGCCGCCAGCGUUGGGCUGGUGGAGGCCUUGAAGGACCAGGGGUUCUGCAGGUGGAACUACACCAUAAGAUCGAUGCACCACCAUGCCAAGGCCAACCUCAGGUGCCUUCCUCGGGUGAAUAACAAGCUUUCUUCUCCGUCGUCCGCGGUGGUCUCGAGCAAGUUGAGGGAACAAAAGGCCAGGCAAUCGGAGGAAUCGCUGAGGAAAGUCAUGUACUUGAGCUGCUGGGGUCCCAAUUGAUCCAAGUUUGGCUUCUAGAGGCUUAAAUUUAGUCGACUCCGAUAAAAGUUUGUUUGAGUCGUGUUAUGAACUUAUGAUGAGUUCAUGAAAUACGAGUCAAUAUCGAUCACAAGCUAGGGCAUUCAGAGAACUUGAGAGUAAGUUAGAAAGUGAUCAGAAGAGAACUGGUGGAGUAAUUUAUACAUAUGCUGUAAAUGUGCACUUUCUUGACAAUAUCAACUACUCCGUAGUAUUAUAUUUGAUCAA